CAAGCUUUUCUUUUUUGGUCUCUGCCGAGCUGGCAGCAGUUUGAGCUUGUCCUGUCUGUUUCCUACAUCACAGUAAUUCACUAGUCUGGCGGGUAAAAUAACGCUUGAUACCACUAGAUUAAGAAGAUAUUUUUAUCCAGAAAAGGUGGCAGCCCUAUCCCCAUUUACUGCUCAUGAUAUGCCUUUAGUUAAGGCUCCAAAGAAGGCAGAGCCUAUCUGGAAGGAAUGGGAUGCCAAAGCGCAGAAGGCAGGUUUGAGGCACUCAGUUUACAGUGUAAAUGGAGAUGAGUACACAGGAGAGUGGCUGAAUAAUCUCAGACAUGGCAAAGGCACAUACAUGUGGAAAAGAAGGAAAUCCAUAUAUGAAGGUGAUUGGAAAUGUGGGGAAAGAAGUGGAUUUGGAACAUACAGCGUGCAGGAUUCUAAUACUGGAGAAUACAUUAAGGUUUAUUCAGGCUACUGGGAUAAUGACAAAAAACAUGGAUAUGGAACUCAUUUCUACUCGGCCAAGGAGUAUUAUGAAGGGGAGUGGAAGUGUGGAAAGAGAUGUGGCUGGGGCAGAAUGUACUUUGCAAAUGGAGAUAUUUAUGAAGGGGAAUGGCUGGAAGAUAAACACAGUGGACAGGGAAUGCUAUGCCUAGCUAACGAGAAUCGAUAUGAGGGUUCCUGGAAGGAUGGGAAGAAGCAUGGACCAGGGAAAUUUUACUACCUCAAUAAGGGUCAGCUAUAUGAAGGAGUAUGGGUAGAAGAUAUCCCAAAAUGUGGAACUAUGGUUGACUUUGGACGAACAGAAGCACCAUAUCCAACAAAGUAUCCAUUGCCUGAGGUGAAAGUAGCGGAUCCUGAAGGAGUUUUGAAAGAGGCACAGCAACCCUUGUUUGGAGAGCAUGAAUGAUCAUUGCCAGAGUCUGCAAGACAUUGAUUCACAGUUCAAACAAGAGGGUACAAAGCACUGAGGGAAGGUUAUUUUUUCACAUGUUGUGGUAACUGGAAAUAUUAAAUUAAUCUACAAUAAAUGUGUUCUUGAGCCCUGUG